AUGCUUUCAAGACGCCUCUUUUCCACCUCCGCUGCCCUGCUCAAGCAGUCGCCGCUCUCGAAGAAAAUUCCACAGCCAACGAAGGAGAUCCCAGAUGUGCCUGCCUUCCUCAACCGGAUCGGCCACAACACCGCAGAGUAUGCAGAAGCGUUUCCGACGUGGGACGCCCUGUUUUCUUCCAGCUCGAAGGAAAUGAAGGCAGCCGGAAUAGACGUGAAACCAAGAAGAUACAUCCUCGAGCAGGUUGAGAACUUCAGAAAGGCAGCUUUCAUCGAGAACGAUCCAAAAGCCGUCUUCGAGUCGGUGGCGGAGAUCAAGCUUCAUCCAAAGAAAAACGGCGGGGAGAGAAACCUGAACAAGUACUUGGCGCAAAAAAAGGUCCUGCAGAGAAUCGAACUUGCAAAGACUCAAAAACAACAUCGUAAGGCACAGCGUGCUACUGAAUUGAAGUACAAGCAACUAGACAAGCUUCAUUUCCAGGCAAACCAAACUCUAUAA